GUUCCCCGGAAGUCCGCUGCCGACCGCUUCAAAGUCGCUUCAGUGAGCGCCGGAGAGCGCCGCUCGUCGUGGGUGCUGUCUUGGCUUCUGGUCGGGUUGUUCCUUGUCUUCACCGCCGCCAGUUCUCUUGGCCCGGCCGCCGCCGUCGUCGCCAUCAUGUCGGGGGGACUCCUGAGCGCGCUGCAGAGCGACUCUUACGUGGAGCUCGGCUGGUACCGCGACCAGCACUUCCGAGGAAAAAUGGACGACCAGGAAAAGUUGCUAAAGAAAAGCUGCACGCUGUACGUGGGAAACCUGUCCUUCUAUACUACGGAGGAGCAGAUCUACGAACUCUUCAGCAAGAGCGGGGACAUCAAGAAGAUCAUCAUGGGCCUGGACAAGGUGAAGAAGACGGCCUGCGGCUUCUGCUUCGUGGAGUACUAUUGCCGCGCCGACGCCGAAAACGCCAUGCGCUACAUCAACGGGACGCGCCUGGACGACCGCAUCAUUCGCACGGACUGGGAUGCAGGCUUCCGGGAGGGCCGCCAGUACGGGCGCGGGAGGUCCGGCGGCCAGGUGCGGGACGAGUACCGGCAGGACUACGACGCCGGGAGGGGCGGCUACGGGAAAAUAGUGCAGAACCAGUGAGGGGUGGGAGCCGUCAUUUUUUUUAAAAUCCACAAAAAAAAACAGCACGGGCUGGCAGACAGAAACUGGCGGUUCUGAAAACAGCCCACUUAUCACAGAACUCUAAUUUAUGUCCCUGCUUCUGUGCAAGAAUGAAGCAGGGAACCUCUAGAUUUCCAACGCUGAAAAAUGAUCAGGUGACAGAAACAGCGAAAAGUGGCUUUGGUCCCGGCGUUGGAGCCUAGAGGUCUCGCAAGUUUAAAUACCCGAGGGACAGUAACUGAGCAGAUGCGUAGUAUUUAUUAACCCAGUCUGGCCAAAUUUUCUUUAAACAGGAUUAGAAAAUGACAGUGUUACUGUUCCGUUGUUCCAGGGGCUGGAGUGAUCAUUUAGAAUAGCAGUUCUAAUGCUGCCGUGAAUUAAAACUGUUAAAUUUCUAAGCUUUUCGAAGAUGUUGCUUGUUUUCCAAGGUGAUUUCUAACCCAUGAAGAUACAAAGGUUGUUGAGUAACCCUUAAACACUUCUGCCUCAAUUUUAGUGAUUUGAUUUAAAAAAAAUAAAUACCCGGGAAAGCACUCUAGCUCUGGCCCUCCAAAUUAGAUCUGUAAAGAAAUUGUAAUUAUGUUGUUAAUGGUGCUCAUUAAACAGGUCUUUAAUCUUUCACUGGAAACCCAGUGCAAAGCAUGUUAUCCUAAAGUUGUCUUCCUAAGAGAUGAAGGAAAAAGGACUUCUUAUGGGAAAUUUCCUGAUAAAGACAUUGUUGGGGUGGCAUGUUAGGUGAAGUCAGGAGAUGUUUAUUUUAACUUAGAAAUUCUUGAGAGUUGAUGCUAUAAUUGUUAAAUUUAUAAUUUUUUUUUACCAGAUUCAUAAGGGAAUGGGACAGGUUUAGAACAAUGCCUGAAAAUUAAGGAAAAGAGAACGUUUCUUAUAAAAUAUCAGAUGAACUUUACUUAAAAGGUGUGAAAUUGUCAGUUUCCUGGUCAAGCAGGACAUACCCAAAUGAUACAAUUCUUGUGUAUCACUAGUGUUGUCAAGUAACAGAGGUUGAGUUGUGAGCCUGAACUUUUUACUGAACUACCAUAGUUGAAGGAUAUUUGCUACAAUUUUAAAAUUUCAGGGAAUGAAAAAACAAUUUAAAUGCUGGCUAAACUGCUGACAGUUUUAAAUAUUUUUCCUGAUAAACCUAUUUGAGCAUGUAUAUUAAGGAAGACAGGAUUGAGCUAAUUGCCUUAACUCCAGAAAAUUGGAAAAUGUAUAGGAAAGCUGACUCAGUGCAGUUGGUUUCUGAAAAACCUGGGUGAUUUACAAAUUAUCAGUUUAAAGAAUUUUUAUCCAUGUGGAAAAAUCAAGAAGGGCUAAAGCUGAUGAUCAGUAACUAUAAGCCUCUCUUUUUCAGUAGUCUGUAGCAUAAGAUAAUUGGGAUUGAAAGCUUUUUAGUGUGAACUUUUGUUUUGGGUGUUUAAUAAAAAUGAUUUGUUGAGUUUUA